AGAGAGAGAGAGAGAGAGAGAGGGAGGGAGGAAAAAUUACAGGUUUGUGUUCCUCGUGACAUUAAAAGGUCGGCAGCAUCUCCCGCCUGUUUAUUGUUAGAGAAACAUCGGCGGAGGACAGAAAAGGAGAAAAGAGGAUUUGUUGACAAAAUCAGCAAGUUGCAGAAGCUCCGCCCCUCCGUGAUGUAGCUGCAAGUCGGAACCUCCUUAAUUACUAAUUUCUCCACAUCCAAGCCACGCUCCCGCUCUCUCUCUCUCUCUCUCUCUCUCUCUCUCUCUCUCUCUCUCUCUCUCUCCAGUCCCUCCAUCCAUGCAGGUCUCAUCCUGACCCUCCUUCCUUCCUUUCUCUCUCCUCUCUCUCUUUCUCUCUCUCUCUCUCGUCUCCAUCCAGGAUAACGCAGGACGAGGUCGGGUGUUUUUUUUUUAUUUAUUCCUCGUUCUGGGAGACCCGCCACCGGGCAUGGAGGAUGUAAAAGAUCCGCCGACCGUCCACCGGUCCUCCUCCUUCAGCAUCAAGAGCCUCCUGCUGCCCUCCAAGUGCGACAGACCGGACUCCGCCGCGGCUGCAGCCGCCGCCGCAAUCCCCGUCGUCGGCAUCCCCGGGACGCUCUCUCCCUCCCCGGGCUCCGACUCCGGGAAGUCCCUGGACCCGCCGGAGGUAGACUCCACCGCGGCUUUGGACCCGGAGAAGCCAGGCAAGGAGGAGCAGCAGGAGGAGGAGGAGGAGGAGGGCGGCGGAGGAGGAGGAGGUGGAGGAGGGGACGGCGCCAAGGCGACACCGGAGCAGAAUACCAACAACAGUAACGGCGGCAGUGGCAAAAACGGGAAAUUUGACAAACCUCCGUUCAGCUACAACGCCCUGAUCAUGAUGGCCAUCCGGCAGAGCCCAGAGAAGCGGCUCACGCUCAACGGCAUCUACGAGUUCAUCAUGAAAAACUUCCCGUACUACCGGGAGCACAAGCAGGGCUGGCAGAACUCCAUCAGACACAACCUGAGCCUCAAUAAGUGCUUCGUUAAGGUGCCCAGGCACUACGACGACCCGGGCAAGGGGAACUACUGGAUGCUGGACCCCAGCAGCGACGACGUGUUCAUCGGGGGAACCACCGGGAAGCUCCGCCGGCGCUCCGCCACCUCCCGGGGCAAGCUGGCCAUGAAGCGGGGGCUGCGCUUUGCCCCACUCGGCCUGGGGAUUAACGAGCGGGCCAACAACCCGCUGUACUGGCAGAUCUCUCCGUUUCUGUCGCUGCACCAUCACCACCACCACCCGCACUACAACGGCUCCUCGCCCGGGUUUCUGAACCAGGCGGCUGCGGGCUACGGGUCGCUGCUGCCCGCCGUGGAGCAGCUGAGCAACGGGGAGCUGGGGCGCUCCAUCCUCGGCGGGUCGGCCGCCGGAGCGCUUGGCCUGACGAACAGUUACGGGAUGAGCACGUCGCCGGUCGGGCUGCUGUCCGGACAGACAGCCGGGUAUUUUGUCUCAGGGACGCAGCACGCCGGAGCGCCGGGGCCGCCGGGGGGGCCACCGCCGCCGCCUCCGCCGCACCUCCAGCAGGGCACGCCGGGCUUCGGCGGCCUGGCGACCAGCAGCUCCCCGCAGUCGCUGCUCUCGGACUCCCUUAGAAACAGCUCGCUACCGGCCUUCUCCCCGGGGGUGUCCGGGGGCUUCCCCGGGGUGCUGUCCCAUCAAAAGAGAGUGACCCCAAACGCUUUCCUAAACUGAAUAAACUGCCCCUCCAGCACAGUCACCUCUCCAUGGCACCGGGACGAGGACGCACACAAAAGACGUCAUGUUAAGGGCAAAUAAUAAGGGGUAAAUAUCAAACAAUGAUCGCAAAAAAUAUAUAUGAAUUGAAAACUCUUUGGCCAUAUUCUACCCCGAAGUGCAACGGGUUUAUUUUGAUUAUUUUUGAGUUUAUGGAAAAAGGGACAAACUUUGUUACCCGCGGGUUGUAAAACUGUAAACUAGACUUGCCAAAGGUAACGCUAUAAGUAUAUUUCAAGCUAUUUAUAUCUUGUACAAAGAUUUUCAGUACUUUCUUUGAGUCUUUUAUUUAUGUUUUGUAUUUAUUGUACAAUGUAUUUAAAUUCUAUUGUCAGUGUAUACUCAUCAGUAUUGAGGGAGGGGAGGGGGGAAAUAAGACAUACAGCGUUAAUAAUUAUUUAUGAGUAUUAAUUUUUGAAAAGAGACAAAAAAAAAAAAAAAAAAAAAAAAAAAAGACAAUCACCUUUUGGGAGGAAAAACCGCCUUAAAGCAAAGACAAUCAGGGGUUUGAGAGGAAAAAGCCUACAAAUCAUAUCUACUCAGGUCAUGGCUCUAGACCCCGUAGGCCUACAGCUCUCUAUGAAGAGUUUCCUUCCGAAAUGACAAUAUCCACCGUUUGAUAUGACCCAAAAUAGUCUAAAUGAUAUAGUCCUGUUUGGGAGAAUAUAGUAGGUGAGUUAAUAAUAAUAACAGAGAUCCCGUCCAAGUCUGUUUUAGAGCUCUGAAACAUGAAUUUCAGACGUUAACCCACCUCCCCCAAAAAUGGAUAUAUAUGUUUUUGGAAUAGAACUCUUCAUAUGUAAAACGUAAUGGUUAUGCAAAACACGCAGUUUAAAUAGAGUUUUGUAUGUUUUCUGUUAAUCAUAGUCUACAUUUGUCCUUUAUUUUUAUCUUAUUUUAUUUUUAUUAUUUGAGUUUGCGUGAGGAGGGCCGCUGUGUGAGCAUGUUGAACCUCCUGCAGGACGGUGCAUGUCAGCUGCAGGGCCGCACGGAGGCCCGGAAACAUGCCCGGCAAGCUGACAGAUAUCUACCCGCGCUUAGGCCUCCAUCCGCCGGGCUGCUCCUGCACAAGCAGCCGCAGGUGUGCCGGUUCUCUCCGUGACCUGCAGAUUCCCUUUAAAACGUGACGCGCCGGGGGCUCGGAGCUGAUGUGCGCACUGGGACUCAGAGGCCGCAGCUCAGGCCUCUGCUGCAGCCACGGCCGCCUCGCCUCUUCCAUGUCAGCUGAUCUCAAAUCAGCCGGUCCAAACCCUCUCCAGUGUCCCCCUGCAGCAGCAGCAGCCGCCGCCAUAAGAAGCACAAGGCCGCGUCUUGCACUCCUCUAACACUACCCAGGCUAUGCAUUAUAUAUAUGCAACGUGGCGGCGCAGCAAAAGCAGCCGGUAAAGGUGCACUGCCUUCAAAAAACAGCUGAUUAUUAGGCUACAGGCGGUGCGUCAGCUGAUCUCAAGUCAGUGUUUUUCUGAAAACCCUGGCUGCGACAAAAUCUGCUAAAAUGUCGCCACUGCAAAAAAAAAAAAAAAAAAAAAAAAGGAAAACAGGAAGCUGCGCUAGAAAACAUGAGGCAGCAGUUCAGUUCGCACCGAUCCCACGAUUCAUUUGCAACGUGAUAUUUUGCAAAACAGCCGAUUGGAUAUUGAAUUGGUAGGAAAAGCAGCUGAGCACUCAGAAACAUGCAAACAGAUGAUGAGGAACAAGAGAGAUCCUGUGAGAGUGAUCCCGGGACCGGCCUGCUCUGUCUCUCUGUUGUUUUGUUUGUUUGUAAAAAAAUGAAGAGUUUCAUUCCGAAAUGAUUUCAGGCUCAAAUCCUCCGAGUGAAAAAGUGACAUCAGCUCAGACAGAAACAAGCAGAACUCACUGCUGGACAUGAAUAUUAAACAUUAUUCAAAUUAUUCGCCCUUUACAAAAACAAUAAUCAGCUCUGGUUUGUUUUAUUAUUUUUUUCUCCUCGGCCCAUGUGGAAAUUAAGCCUCCAUGUUCUGCUAAAAUGUUCAUAAUGUAUUAUUAUUUUAUUUAUUUAUUUUUUUAUCAGCUGACGCCCUGCUGUUUUUGUUUUGUUUUGUUUUUACUGUGAUUUUUUUUUUUUUUUUUUUUUUACAGUGGAGGCAGAGGAGGAAGCUUCCUUCACCUCCGACCAAAAAAUGUCUCCUGAAGCCCAGAGGAGCACGACUUUGGACUUUGGCAACACACACACAUACACAUACACACACACACACACACACACACACACACACACACACACACACACUACAGAGCUUUAUAACCCCAGAUGGUCAAUUUGGAAACACUGAUUGAGUCUCGUUCUGUUAAAAAAAAAAAAAAAAAAGGUCAGAAUCAGAAAAAAAACUUUGUUGAUCCCGCAGAACAGAGUGGAGGUGAAAAGCAGAACCUGAUCAAAAACCGAUCAGAGACCAGCCGGACGUCUGACUGGCGUCUCUGUGAUCCACUGUGAUGUCACUUUUUCAAGAUUUUGUUUUAUUUUUUAUUUUAUUUUAUUUUUUGUAAAUUUCUUUUGAAGGUUUUGCACUUUUGUUGUUAGCGUUGUAUGAAGUAUGUACUGUCUGUUCCGUUGCUGUAUGUUUUCAGAAAAAAACUAACUUGAUUAAAAGGCUGAAAAACGA